AUGAAAGAGAGAAUGACGGAUGAGGAGGAGGAGCCGCUCAGCCCGAUGGCCCGUGUAUUCCAAUCGCCAGACGUAGACUACUGCGCGGUCACCAUCAUGGGCUUCAAAUCCAAGAUUUGUCUAGACGUCCUUCUUGAUGCCUUGAAGCAUAUUGUCUCCAAGCUUCCUCGUUUCUCCACCAAACUGACUGAGAAUGGUGCAAAGUGGAUAGAGGCUAAAAUCAAUGUACAAGACCACGUAGUUGUACCAUACAUAGAUCCAGAAGAGAUAGGUGAAGAUGGACAAGGCUUUGUCGAUGACUAUAUCUCACGUCUCACGAUGAUUCCCCUUGAUAGAUCAAAACCCUUGUGGGACAUGCACAUCCUUAACGUCAAAACCUCAGAUGCCGAAGCAGUCGGUGUAAUUAGAUCUCACCAUUCAUUGGGAGAUGGAAUGUCAUUGAUUUCCCUCAUGCUUGCAUGUACCCAUAAGACAUUAGACCCCCAAAAUACUGCUAUUCCUUCUUUGAAACGGCGUGAAACGGUGCCGCAUGGCCUUAGAAAACAAGGCUGGUUCUUAAGGUUGAGAUGCACCGUUCGUUCUAUAGCGACACUGCUUUGGAACACACUUGUAGAUAUGUUGCUUCUUUUGGCGACUGUCUUGUUUUUGAAGGAUACAAAGACGCCUCUAACAGGUGGUGAAGAUGCCGGGAGGAAUCGAAAGAGAAUAUAUCACAGAGUUAUCUCUUUGGACGACAUAAAACUUAUAAAGAACGCUAUGAAUAUGACUAUCAACGAUGUUCUAGUCGGAGUUACACAAGCUGCUCUUUCUCGUUAUUUGAGCCGGCUAUAUGUUAAUGAACAAGGAAGGAAUAAUGAGGAAGAGGACGGAGCAUUGACAUCGUAUCCGAACCAUUUUCCAGAUAGACUACGUUUCCGUGUAGCCUGUGCAGUAAAUAUCAGGUCCGGCAUCGGAUUCAAGCCUUUGACAGAUAUGAUGGCCAAGGAUUCAAAAUGCAGAUGGGGAAACUACUUCAGCUUUAUCAUCUUGCCUCUUUCCAUCGGUUUACAAACCGAUCCAUUGGUCUAUCUAAAACUAUCCAAAGCCAUGAUGGCUCGAAAGAAGCAUUCUUAUCACGCUGCACUAGUGUAUUUUAUCAUUAAAAUGGUCCUAAUGGUGUUUGGAAUUAAGGCAGCAGCAACAUUAUUCAAUGAACCCGUGAAGAAUUUAACCGCAUGCGUUUCAAACGUCGUUGGUCCCAUGGAUGAAAUCAGUUUCCGUGGCCAUCCUAUCGCUUAUAUCGCUUUUAGCUCUUACGGACACUCACAAGCAUUAUUGGUACAUUACAUAAGUUAUGCGGGGAAGAUGAUGAUCUCGUUAGCGGUUGAUCCUACAAUCAUACCGAAUCUUCACAAGAUAUGUGAUGAUAUGGAACAGUCAUUGAAAGCGAUGAAAGCUGCUCUGUGGGAAAGAGGGUUACUCUAAAGGCUUAUGA